AUGUCGUUAAAAUGUGGAAUUAGUAAGGAUUUUGCAGGAGCCCUGAAAAACUUCAAGCAGCUCUUAGUUUCUAAAGAGGAGGUUCACUCUAUGAAGCAGGAGUGGAGCCCCAAUCUGGGCCAGGGGGAGCCAGAUCUCCCACACAUUAAAGUGGAACUGGAGAAGCUCUUGAUCAGCCAAGAGGGAGAGCAGCUUCAAAAACAGGAGGAGGCUGAUAUCAAGUUUCCAUUCACUCCUGUCCCUGUAAAGAGUGAAAGUGAUGAAGAGAAACCUCACUCCUCACAGCUUCAUCAAAGCCAAACUGAGGAGGACAAACAGGUAGAGCCUUCAGACAGCACUUCAACUGAACAGAUGAAAACAGAACCUGAUGGAGAGAACUCUGGACUGUCAGGACCAGACAGUAACCUAGAUCAGGAUGGUGAUUUAGAACCAACUCGUGAUGGUGAGUCCAUUCCUUCAGACUAUUGUGAAAGUGAGACUGAAGACAGUGAUGACUGGAACAAAACUAGAGAACCUCGGUCCGGUGUGGAUACAAAAGAUAACAAUGAAAUAAGUCAUCAGAGAUCUACUGAGAAAAAACCGUUCACUUGCUCAAUCUGUGGUAAAGGGUUUUCUCAAAAAAGAGUUCUGCAGACACACAUGAGAACACAUACAGGAGAGAAACCUUUCAUUUGCUCAUUUUGUGGUAAAGGAUUUUCUCAAAGAGAAGAAAUGCAGAGACACACAAUAAGACAUACAGGAGGAAAACCUUUUAGUUGCUCAGCCUGUGGCAAAAGGUUUUAUCAAAGACGAGAUAUGCUGGCACACAUGAGAACACAUACAGGAGAGAAGCCAUUCACUUGCUCAGUUUGUGGUAAAGGGUUUUCUCAAAGUGGAAAUAUGCAGGCACACUUGAGAACACAUACAGGAGAGAAACCCUUUAGUUGCACCACCUGUGGUAAUGGGUUUAGUAGAAGCGAAAAUUUGAAAAAACACAUGAGAACACAUACAGGAGAGAAGCCAUUCACUUGCUCAGUUUGUGGUAAAGGGUUUUCUCAAAAUGGAAAUAUGCAGGCACACAUGAGAACACAUACAGGAGAGAAACCCUUCAGUUGCUCAGUCUGUGGUAGGUUUUCUCAAAAAAAACUUUUGCAGAUACACAUAAGAACACAUACAGGAGAGAAACCUUUUAGUUGCACUGUCUGUGACAAAGGGUUUAGCAGAAGCGAUCAUUUGAAGUCACAUGUCAGAAUACAUAUGGGUGAGAAACCGUUUGCUUGCUCAGUCUGUGGCAAAAGGUUUUCUGAAAGAAGAGAUGUGCAGACACACAUGAGAACGCAUACAGGAGAGAAACCUUUCACUUGCUCGGUGUGUGACUUCAAGCAGCUCUUAGUUUCUAGAGAGGAGGUUCACUCUGUGAAGCAGGAGUGGAGCCCCAGUCUGGGCCAGGAGGAGCCAGAUCUCCCACACAUUAAAGUGGAACAGGAGAAGCUCUUGAUCAGCCAUUAG